ACUACUAUCGUGAUUUGAAAAUAAUCAAAAAUAGAAAAUAAAAAGAAGAAGAAGAAGAAGAAGAAGAUAAAAGUCUGACUUGUGCCUUUCGUGUUAUAGCCAAAACUGUGAUGAUUGGUAUAAUCGAAAUUAAUCCCGAAGUAAAAAAAAAAAAAGGAAAGAGAAAAAUCAAAUGCGUCUUAUCAAAAUUUUUGUAAAUACGUUUAAGACUGAAUAGAAAUGUUAAAGGGAAAAACUAUGAGAGGAUUAGCUGUGUUGGCCGCGGUGCAAAUCGCUCAAAAUCAUUCGAACAAUAUAGUUCACGAUAAUAACGAUGAUAGUAAAACAAUGUUUAUCGAAUCUGAUCAUUCGAAUAUAGUGGGAUACAAUAUUACCUCGGAUAUUGGUAACACAGGAAAGAAUGGUCACUUUGAAACUGACCUGCAUGGUCAAGUUAACAUUUUACUUGGAGGAGCUAUGCUUAGCGGAGUGAUCAUGGUACUGAUAGUGAUAUGUUAUUGCUGUCAUAAAAAUAUGAAAAAGUAUCGACCACAAGAAUACUCUCAUUAUUGGAGACCCGAGCCUGAUGUUCAUAGUCUCGAAGUAUUCACUAUGGAUUCUCAUAUCACGUGCCCGGAAAGAGUAGCAAUGACGAACCCGGAAGAUGGAACACAAGCUGCACUUCCUUGUCCGUUAACACCACCAGGCCCACCUCCGGCUUACGAGAGUCUUAUUUUCGAUCAUCAAAGUCUACCAUUCUCGGCUGAUAAAAAGGAUACAACAACAACAGCAGCAGCAGAUGUUCCAAUGAACGAAUUGACGAUUAACGAAGAAGAAGCUUCUACAAUUAACUCGGAAACUAGUCAAGCGAAAAAAAAUGAUAAUCAUAAAAACGACAUAGAUUUACCUACAUACGAAGCUGCUUUAAAAUUAGAAGCCGAUGGAUACGUUUAAAAGUUAAUACAAAUAUUAUAGGUAAAUUGAAACGGUGAAAGUGCCUCCUACCACCACCCCACCCCAUCAUCUUUCUUUGAUCAUAAAAAUUGUAUACAACAAACUAAAGUGAAAGAAGAUCAAAAGCAGCUAUUGAAAAUCAUUAAGAAUUCUAUUCUCUAUCGUUAUUAAUUAUUGUUAUUUGAAAAGCAAACAAAUAACACU